CAUUUUGUGACAAUAUUAGGAAAUGCCUACUAAACCUAGCUGUAAUUAUUAUUUCUGUGUUCUUCCCAGGCCCUGGUGAACCCAGACACCCAGUGUCGUUAACCAUUAUCGUUAGAGUGAUGUGGGUAAUAAAUAAUGUAAAAAUAUAUCUUAAUUGGUUUAGUCUUUGGGUUUGAGUUCAGAGUUGCGACGUUUAUACGGUGACAAAUAUAUAAGCCCUUUACCGCUACACAUUUCUUCAUUUCAGAAUAUGUCUUCCAAAUCUCGAGUAAAAUUCACAGAUCACCAGCGAAAGAAAUUAAUUCAGUACUACAAAGAUGGUUUGAAAACUACCAACAAAAAUAAUCAUAGCAAAAUUGAAGAGGUUGCGAAAGAAUUGGGUUUGGUGUACAAGAAUGUGAAGAUGUAUUGUAUACCCAGGCUGCAGUUGGAACCAACACUUUGGGUGAAACUGAAGUGCCUUGAAAAGUGGUUUCGAGAGGCCCUUGAUACUGCAUAUUGCGCUUCCACUGGUAGGGCUCGUUUCCCUUACAGCGAUCACCACAAAGGGAUGGUCACUGUUCAUGGCCUACCCGAUGGACUGCAAAUACCACGCUCUAUGGGGAGCAUGGGGAAGGCAAAGAUAGCAGAACUCCUGGCAGUGAUUACGAAUUUAAAGUUUGUGUUAAACAUUUUACAUGACUAAAGAGACAGAGAGACAACAAACAAGAGCUGAGAUCAACUUGAUGAGCUGUCGUUGUCGUUGGUCUUUCGUCAUGACCUCUAGUAUGCCACAGGUACCGGUGAUGGAUGAUGAAGACACCCUCAGCUUAGAUGAAGAAGAAUCUCUACCAUUGACAAACACCAGUGAAGUUCAACCCAGUGGCAGUGCUACAGGUAUGCAUUUAUAUUGAGGUGUUAUUUGAAAACGUUAGGUUUUGUAGUGCAAUGGUCACCACUCCGCCGUCCCAGUAACGUCAGAGCAUUGCUUACUAUUAUUGUUAGAGAUAUUCCUCAAUCAUUGCGGUGCAAUUAAUUCUUUCUUAACUAUUUUUAUCCAACUAUGCUCAAUCACUUUGCGGGAGGUGGGGUUGGAGUUGCUCCAGUUUUACCCUUGCCUAUACCACGACCAGCAGUAUUUUCAAAGAAAUCUUCCAUUCAAAAUAACGAGGGCAGUGCGUUCAAGAAGUCGGUGAACCCAAGAGUCAGCUGGGAGGAGGAAUUGGGAGUUCGGAUGAAGAACACAAAAUCCAGGGUUGGCAUGAGAAAGAAGAAGUCAGCGAAACUGGAUGCGGAUGAGCAAUUAAGCGAAGAUAUAGCCAAACUUACAGCUUUGAACCAAGGUAUAGUCGAGAAGAUCUACAAGCACCGAAAAAAUAAGGGUGUUCUCGAAUAUCGAGUGAAGUGGGUUGGCUAUGACGGUCCACAAGAUGAUACAUGGGAACCACUCCGCCACCUCACGAGUGAACACUCACAAGCAAUGCUGAGAGAUUAUCGGACUUCUUCAAGUGCCAAAUAAGCCAGUAUACAUGCAGACAUGACGAGUUGUUUAAUUAUGCGACAAUGUUACUGCACAAAAUCGCUUUUCAAAAUCAAUUGUGACAUGUAUACAUGUAAUGUUGUUUUCUGUAAAUAAAGCAAGAUUUA